GGGGGGGGGGCUGGGGUUUCUCCAAUUCCAAUCACAGAAAGUAGUCUUUGGAAGCAGCAGCUGCUGUCUUCUUUCUCUCCGAGAAUCAAGAGGAAUUGUAAACGAAGAAAAGGAUGCAAAUAUUUGUCAAAACCCUAACAGGGAAGACUAUCACACUCGAGGUCGAAAGCAGCGACACCAUCGACAAUGUCAAGGCCAAGAUUCAGAGGUUGAUUUUUGCUGGUAAGCAACUUGAAGAUGGAAGAACUCUGGCUGAUUAUAACAUCCAAAAGGAAUCCACACUUCACCUUGUUUUAAGGCUUAGGGGAGGUACUAUGAUCAAGGUGAAGACUCUCACUGGGAAAGAAAUUGAAAUUGAUAUCGAACCAACUGAUAUUAUUGAUCGUAUUAAGGAACGGGUUGAAGAGAAAGAAGGGAUUCCUCCAGUACAGCAAAGGCUUAUAUAUGCCGGGAAGCAACUUGCAGAUGACAAGACAGCUCGUGACUAUAAUAUUGAGGGUGGCUCUGUGCUGCAUCUUGUCCUUGCACUGAGGGGUGGUUGUCUCUAGAUGUUGCCUCUAAUAUUAGAAAAGAAACUGCUCCUUUGAUUUGUCUUUGCAUUAAAUCAAAUGUUUUGCAUUUGAUUUAUUGACAAGUGCAUAGAACAUAUAUGAAUUGAUUUUCUCAGGUAGAUUUUCUGUUUUAUUACUUGUUUAUAUAAAUCUGCCUUCUUCAGUUUGUGGCCUUAGUGAUCUUGUGAACUGAAAAGACAAUUCUUACGAGGAUGUCAAAGAUAAUUCUUUUUCCUCUUUUGAUCGAAGAACUCAAUUGUUAAGAUGGCUGAUAUUUUCUGCAUAUAGUAGCCAUCGUCUACAAUCGACUUCCAAUUUGUAUGUGCUUCUUUGUAAAUUCAUAAUUUAGUUGGUUUGUGGCUCCGCACAAUCAUUUUUAAGAAGUUACAUUUAAUUAGUUUAUUCAAAUCUCAGUACUU